AUGCGGUUCCUGGUCGUGCUGGUCCUGCUGGGCGUCGCAGUGGCCGGAGUUGAGAAUGAGAAUGCAGAAAACCCUUCUGUAGGAGCAGAGUCCGGGAAUCCCGCUUUGAUUUCGCAGAGCUCGGCUCCAGAUUCUCCUCCUGCCGACGAGAACCCUGCAGAACCGGCUCACCCCAAUAAUCAGACUCAGAAUGAACCGGACACAAGUUCUAACAGAACGAAUUCUAACAACGCGGAGCCAGCCUCCCAGGUCACGACACAGUCCUUGGCGAAAACAAGCUCUGCUGCCAUCGGCAGCUCACAGGUGAACACCCCAAAAGCGACCCCGCAGAGCGCGAGCACCUCGGUGUCACAGCAGCCCACGACGAAGAAAACGACCGCAGCAGCAAGAAGCCACCCCAACUCGAGCCCCGCUCCCACGACCGGCGGCCCCCAGGCUGAGCAAGCCACGACCCCGCAGCCUGCCUCCCAGGCCGAGCAGCAGGGGGAAGAGAAGUUCUCAGACGACGACGAUGAGGAGGGGGAGGCCAAGGCCGAGGACGCGGAGCUGUUGCAGGAGGAGGACUCCCCGCUGCAGGAGGAGAAGGUGCGGGGCCCUGCCUCCGGGGAGCCCCGCGACGGCUCGCUGCUGGAACCCGGGAACAGGGAGGUGGAGGAGGUUUUCCCGAACACUGCCGUCAAUGCGAGCGCCGAGAGCAGCCACUUCUUCGCCUACCUGGUGACUGCAGCCAUUCUGGUGGCCGUGCUCUACAUCGCCUAUCACAACAAGCGCAAGAUUAUUGCUUUUGUCCUGGAAGGAAAAAGAUCCAAAGUCACUCGGCGGCCCAAGGCCGGCGACUACCAGCGCUUGGACCUGAAGCUCUGACUGGUCUUCAAGAACCUUGUCCUCCCUGCUGAUUUGUUUCUAAAUCAAGAAAUGAAGAGAAAAGUCCUGUGACCUCGGAGACAUCGUCCUCUGGGGCUUGGUGGCGAGUCUGGGCUGGCAGCGGUGGGGGGGAUUGAUUGGGGUUUGGCACUUGCACUUUGGUGAUGCUGUUCUCCUGUGCCCCCUUUAUUUAUGCUGGUAUCUCCCUUUCCUCCUGAGUGUGAGCGGAGGGUCAUGUGGAAGCAUGACUGUGACCAGAGGGAGACCCCAUCCCUGGCAGGCAGUGCUGCUGACCAUCCCUCCUUUGGGCCUUGAGUUGGUGAUAAAGGAAGCCCUUGACCGUGGCAUUGCCCUCCCCACCUAGGAGCAGUCUACAGGUGGAGGAGCUUUUCCACUGAGGCCUCUUACUUGGGGGGAUGUGCCCCAGAAAAGAAAAACGAAGAGAUGGUGAGGUGCUGAUGGGCAGAAGGCUGCCUCGGCCGCGUCGUUCUUCCAGAGGCUUCAGCAGCAAACCAAAACAGCAGGCUAAAAACACGCUAGCCUGCUGAGCCUGCGUUCUUCAUGUUUUUCUUACGUUUUAUAUUCCUUGAGACAAAGUGAAUCAACUCCCACUUUACUGAGUGUAAAACUGAACCUCAGGUUUCUGAAAGUAAAGCCGCUGCUCACAUUGUUUGCAA